AGCAGCACGUGUGUGUGAAUGCUUGUUGUAGCCUACCGCCGGAAGCAGUCCUGAAGUCUGCAACAAUGCCGUCCAGACAGCUUCUUAUCGUUUCGUUGGUCUUUGCAUGCACUGGACUCCGUGAUGCCAAAUCCCUUAAAGAAAGAGUGGAAUCCCGCAUGGGAGCCGACCCUGAGAGACCCGGCUCCAGGGGGCCGCCCCACCGAUAUGCUGGUUCCCGACCGCCACAAGCAGUCGGACAGCUGUCAUCAUGGGCGUAUCCCAAGGAACCGGCGGCACCUGUGGCUUCUAUGAACCCCCCGAUGUUUCAGCUGAGACCUCCUACGACGACCAGGGACAAUUUAGCCGUGCGCUGUGGAGAGGACUCUGUGGACGUGGAGGUCAGCCAGGACCUCCAAGGGACCGGUCGCCUUGUGCAACCGGAUGAGCUGACGCUGGGUGGUUGUGCAGCCACCCUGGCCGAUGACUCUUCUCAAGUGCUCCUCUUUCACUCCCAGCUGCAUGGGUGCAACAGUAAACUCAUACUGACAAACGAUAAACUUGUCUAUGCCUUCAAGCUGCUCUACAAGCCCAAGUACCGAAAAGGCAUCACUAUCGUGAGAACCGUGGCCGCUGUGAUCGGAGUGGAGUGUCACUACUCACGACUUCAGCUGGCUUCAAUUAGCCCGUUUUAGCCAGUUUUGGGUCCUUUUUAAAUAAUCUGAUUCUCUUAAAUGUAUGUAUUCAAAAUAAAAUGUAUCUGUAUUCUUAAA